AUAGUUAAAAAAGUCAAAUCAAAUUGUAAUUUUGAAAAUCAAAAACGUACAGAAAUUACGUAUUCGACUAUUCCAAUAGAUAUAUCAAAUAAAUUGUUUUUUAUUUCGUGUAACUUAGUGUAUAGAGGCUCACACAAUAUUUACUUGGCUAUUAAUAUGCACAGAAUAGUACAUUUGGAUUUAAAAGGUGCACCGUUCAAAGUACAUUAUUUAGAAAAGGUGAUAUUAGCAGCAGCAUCAUGGGGAGCAACGGGCAUACUUCUAGAGUGGGAGGACACCUUUCCAUACUCCGCAGCAUUGGCAGACAUUGGCAGCGUCCGUGGCAGCGGGGGCGAUGGGAUGUACAGCUUAGAUGAAGUUCGGCACCUGCUGAGGUUCAUUAAGGAACAUGGCUUGGAACCUAUCCAGCUCGUCCAAACCAUUGGACACAUGGAGUUUGUGCUUAAGCACCCAGCUUACCACAGCCUGCGAGAAUUAGCUCGCUCGCCGGCCGUGCUGUGUCCGUCCCGGCCUGAAUCCCUACAGCUGGUCAAGAUGAUGCUGGAUCAGACGCUGGACGCUCAGCCCGCAGCGGAGUACCUACAUAUAGGAGCUGAUGAGGUAUGGCAUACAGCAGUAUGUCCAGACUGCCAGAGCCGAGCUGCCAACAACAUUCACAACACCGCUAGCCUGUAUCUGGAUCACAUACGUGAACUGGCCCUAUUCCUUAAGCAGAAGAGGCCACAUUUGACUGUGCUUAUGUGGGAUGACAUGCUACGGUCGGUUAAAGCUGAGACAUUGAUUGCAUAUCAGCUAGGAGAACUAGUUCAACCCGUUGUAUGGCAAUAUAACGCUAUGGAGCACUUCCACAUAGACCCGUCACUGUGGGAGAGCUACCGCCAAGUGUUCCCGCAGGUUUGGGCCGGCUCCGCGUUUAAAGGGGCCAAUGGCAGUUGUCAGAUACUGUCCCCAGUUAGAAGGUACGUCAGCAACCAAGAAGCAUGGAGGAUGGAAGUAAAGAAAUAUAGCCACAGCAUCAGCUUCCCUGGAAUCAUCCUGACUGGCUGGUCAAGGUUCGAUCACUACGCGACGUUAUGUGAACUGCUACCGGUGUCGCUGCCAAGCCUCGCGAGCUGUCUAAAGGUCUGGACUACGGACGACAUGUCUAUAGACACAGUAGUAAGCGAAGUGCUACCCCCAGAGCAGUGGCCAGGUUCGGAGCUGGCACGGUGCGUGCACUCCUUCGUGGUGCUUCGUGACCGUGCCUACACCAUAGUGCACGGUGACCUAGUAAAAACUUGGCUGAAUCCGUGGCAAAUAGAAAAUGGAUACAUAAAUCCCGUCCAAGUGGAAGGCCUAGCCAUGACCCUCCAGCAGUUACUCCUAGAGCUAACAUCUCUCCAAACCGAUCUAACCCGAACCCUAUACGCUGUAACGGGUUCCCGUAGCGCGGGCGAGUGGCUGGCCACGUUCCCCGCGCCGGUGCUCGCGCAGCUGACGGAGCUGCGCGACGUGGCCGCGGCGGCCGCGAAGGGAGACGCCGGCGUUAGUCCGCGACCGAAGCACUGCCGUUUGAUGUCGCCCACUUAGGUUCGCAGGAGCCGAAACCAACAUGUAUGCCAAUGAAAUCAAGAUUUACACAGAGCGGAUGCUGCCCUUGCCCGUGUAUGAGACGCACACGGAGACAACACCCGCCAUGUUAUACCUAACGGCAUUUGAGUCAUAGAAUAAUGGAAUCUGAAGUAUAUCAAUAUCAAACAAGGGCCUGACACUCUUUGAUAGAGAAAGAUAGUCUUAUUGCGAUUCCUAUAAGAGGAAAGAGAAAAUAGUGCCAUGCUUUGUCCUUAUCACCGACCGGGUGGCAUCAUAGGUAGGGGGCGAUGGCGAAAUACCGAAAAUUAUAAGACUGAAAGAGAAAAAAUCCUAUGCUGCCCAAAUUUUAUAUGAAUAUUCUUUCUCUUACCCCCGGUCGCUCAGUAGCGCGUCUAUAACUACUUGUAUAAAUACUAUGUCUAUGAUAUCAAAAGUAUUUACCAUUCUCUAAAAAGAUGUAUACAUAUAGAACAAUUUUAUUCGACUGUGACAGAUACUCUGGAACGCGAAGAAGAGGUAUCUAUCUGGAAGACAAUUCUAGGAUACCAGAUACUUUUAUGAAAAUGAAAAAUUGUUUAUUUAGUUUAAGAAUUACUUAUACAGGUAAGUGUUGGUGCCUCUUUUUAAGUAAGAAAAUACCUGUGUUAAGAGGCACCGCUCUUCCUAAUAAAUUUUAUGGAGCAUUGUUUCAUCCGCUAGUAUAGAUGACUGUACUAAGCGAAAUCAACGAACAGUUAACACACGGAAAUGUUAAGCCAAUUAGGGUUCUAGCUUAAUAGGGUAGUUGACACGUGUUGAAUUUUAUAACUAAAUCUAGUUAAAUAGAUAGAAAAUAAGCAAUUUAUCACAACAAAUUAGAAACUUAAAAAAUAUAUGGUAAUAAUAAAAAAUACAAGACUUAAAAAUUUCGAAAAAAUUUUUUUUUUAAACAAAUAGGAAAAAGGCAACGGUACCAUUCGAUUCCUUACAUUUUAUUUAAAAAAAUAUUGUAUGACAACAAUAUACAUAAACGCAACAUUUCACCGACAAAAUCGCAAUUUCCUUGUUUUCCAUACAUCGAAACGCCUUCUAUACAAAGUGACACAGUGACGUCACGAUGUGUUGCCAUUUGUGUUAGAGCGUGUGCUCAGUAGUGGCGAUGCCAGACUUUGACCAUUUGUGACUUUUGUAUUGUUUUAAGACAAUGGGUCCCAUACAGACAUUUGAUCCUCAAAACAAACCUGAUCGACUGAUACCAUUAAAAAAAUUGUCAACUACCCUAUUGAGUCAAGCAACGGGAGUGCCAACAUAGUGAAACGAAUAGUGCUGUACGCACUCAUUCCCAGCAUUUAUCGAUAAAUUAGACAUAGACAUCAUUUAUUGGUAAUUGUAAUAUUACAGGUCACAACUUACGUUUUAGGUAAUUAAUUAUUUUAAAUUACAUAUUAUUUACAUACAACUUAUUUGUUUAUUGAGAUCACAAUUUCAAAGAAAAGCUUGCAAUUAUUACAUAUUUAUUAUUCAAUUAUUAUAAUUAAGUGAUUAUUCGUACAUAUUAUUCAAUUUUGUUUCUUUGUUUUCAAUAAAACGCAAAUCCGUGGUACCUCUCGGAUAAUACAUUAUAAGUUAUCAUAUUUAUCGAUAGAAAUAAAACAAAUAACCUUGCAGUCUAAGUAUUUUAUUUAGAAAACUUACAAACAUUACAAAGCCUAUUUUUUCGGA